UGCGGCCGAUUCGUGACUUCGUCUGCAGCCGUUUCCUUCGGCGUUCUCCCUAGCAAACUAAGAACACGACAGGUGCGGCCGUGCUCGUAGCGGCGCGAAAGCAACAUGGCUCGGUGCGUCGUGCGGCUGCUGCAGACGACCGCUGUGUUGUGGGCUUAUCUCACCGCCAGCCGCUCCUAUGCCAAGUUGGUGCUCGCCCCAGACCAUCCCCACAGCAUGCCAGUCGCCCUGAGUGGCGUGUCCUCCCCGGCGGCCAAGGUG